UUCGUUCCUCACUUGUCAGUCCUCUCUAUAUCUCCAUCUUCUUCCUCCUCUACUUCUUCUUCACUUAGAAACCAACACACAUUCUGUUUUAUAUAACAUUUGGCCACGUUCACUCUCUACAUAUUCACAGAGAGAGAGACUAAUGGGAGUGUUUUACUUAACAUUUCUCACCGUUUUCCUCGCCGUUACCUCUGCCGUUACCGCCUGCACACCGUCGGACAAAGCGGCGCUCUUGGCCUUCAAGUCCUCCCUCAACGAGCCCUACUUGUCCAUCUUCGACUCGUGGACGGGCGACAAAUGCUGUGAAAACUGGUAUGGCGUCAGCUGCGACCCGACAACUCAGCGAGUCACUGAUAUCUCACUCCGUGGAGAGUCCGAAGACCCCAUUUUGGUUAAAGCUGGACGGGCCGGGUACAUGACCGGCUCCAUUAACCCGGCCAUUUGCCAGCUUGACCAUCUAAGUACUUUAAUUAUCGCUGACUGGAAAGGCAUUACCGGGAAACUCCCCGCGUGUAUAACUUCCAUUUCUUCGCUUCAUGUUUUGGACGUUGUCGGUAACCAGAUUUCGGGCGGGAUUCCGGAAGAUAUCGGUAACCUUCAGAAACUAACUAUUUUAAAUUUAGCCGAUAAUGCCAUAUCGGGUCCGAUUCCUAAUUCGUUAGUCCAGCUUCCUAAUGUAAAGCAUCUAGAUCUUACCAACAACCAACUUUACGGCGAAAUCCCGGCGGAUUUCGGGAAACUCAAAAUGUUAAGUCGUGCUUUACUCGGCCGAAACAAACUCACGGGAACUAUCCCGACUUCUAUUGGCAACAACAACAUGAAUCGGCUUGCGGAUUUGGAUUUAUCCAUGAACCAAAUCUCGGGUUCGAUACCGGAUGUAUUGGGUAAAAUGAAAGUCUUGUCAACUCUUAACUUGGAGGGUAACAAAUUGUCGGGUGAAAUCCCGGAUGAGUUGUUAAGUAACACCGGUAUGGGUAUCUUGAACUUGAGCCGAAACGCUUUAGAGGGAAACAUACCGGAUGUUUUCGGGUCAAAAUCGUACUUUAUGGUUUUGGAUUUAUCCUACAACAAUUUGAAAGGUCCGAUACCCAGUUCAUUAUCCUCCUCAGCAUAUGUCGGGCAUUUGGAUUUGAGCCAUAACCAUCUUUGUGGACCGAUUCCCAUUGGGUCACCGUUCAAUCAGUCCGAAUCGUCGUCGUUUGACAACAAUGAUUGCUUGUGCGGCAACCCAUUAAGGACUUGCUAAUUGUAUGGGAUAAUACCAGUAAAUUACUAAUCCGAAAUAUCGGGAUGUUAUAAUUGUUUAUUUGCAAUGUUAUUGUAAUAGUGAAUGUAAGUGUUUUUAUAAUAUGCUUUUAUCAGUUUAUGUUUUG